UUUUAAGGAUUGCCUAGUUUUUGAGAAAAAAAGUAACAUUGAACAAUUUAUAGGUGCUCUUUAAUGUGAUGUUUUCAUCAUCAAUAUACAAGUUUGUAAGUUGUUUGCGGAAUUAAAAGUUGACGUCUAAACUGAAUGGAAUUAUCAGACAAAUGAAACUAAUGAAACGUCAGAUUUCAUCAAAGAGCUGGUUGUUUUGUUACAGUAUGAAGGGAAAGUUAUCCCACGUUUUGAUGCUUAAAAUACGAUGACGGAGACAGUAACAAUAGGAAUCAAAACAACGGAAAAUGCCAAAUUGAUUAGUUGUAACAAAAACUGAUGUGAAACAAGUUUUGAUUUGUGUGUGCCAUAAAUUGUUUCUUUAAUUUCUACAAUACCACAUCAUCACCAUUCGAUCAUUUCACCAUCCGACACGAAGGGGAAUAAUUGAGAUUAGGAUUCAGAAAAAAUAAAUCGGGAGUUGAGAACAUCCAAAUGCCUAUUCGUGCAAUUUCCUAUACAAAGUUAUUUAAUAAUGAAUUUGCGUGGCAUUCCCGUACGGCGAUCGUUGAAAACAAAAAUUCUUUUCCUUUCCUUCGUGUUCGCUACAUUCGUUUUAUAUGUAAAAUUCAUAACGAAAAGUACAGAUGCUACUGAAAAUGAAUCGAACAUUCAUUCGGAAAACCAGAAAUUGAUCGGAGGAGAUAUAAUAAAUAUUGAAAACCAACAACCAUUGAUAGUGGAUGAAGAUGAAGAGGAUGUGGGUCAAAGUGUUGAGCUAUACAAACAAUACAUAGAAGCCGACAUGGCGAAGCAGAUAAAGGGAUUAGGUGACAAUGGACAAGCCGCUUCACUUGCAGAAGCAGCGUCAAAAGAAAUUGGGGAAAGUCAAUUGAAAAAGAUUGCACUGAAUGAAGAGCUAAGUGAGCACAUAAGCUACAAUCGCUCACUUCAAGAUGCCCGCAAUCCUUUGUGUCGAUCACAAUACUUCAACUUAAAUGAGCUUCCAACAACAAGUAUCGUUGUCAUAUUUUACAAUGAACCCUACUCUGUGUUGGUGCGCACAGUCCACAGUGUGCUUAAUACGGUAGAUCAUCGUUUACUGAAGGAAAUUAUUCUAGUUGACGAUUGUAGCACAAAUUAUGUCUUGAAAGAAAAACUAGAUUACUAUGUUCAUACAAGACUUCCAAAGAAUAUUGUAAAAAUUGUUCGGUUAAAACACAGAUUGGGUCUCAUUCGAGCCAGACUUUCUGGAGCUCGUUUGGCAAGAGGAGAUGUUUUAGUGUUUUUAGACGCCCACUGUGAAGCAAACAUUGGUUGGAUAGAACCUCUAUUAGCUCGAAUCAAAGAAUCUCAUAAAAGCGUUUUAGUUCCAAUUAUUGAUGUAAUUGAUGCAAAAGACUUCCAUUAUAGUAUCAAUGGCUUCCGAAAUUUCCAGGUCGGCGGUUUUACUUGGAAUGGACACUUUGACUGGAUUAAUGUACCAAUGAAAGAAAAGCAACGUCUUAUCAAAAAUUGUGGAGAAAAAGCAGACAUUUGCCCAACUUACAGUCCAACAAUGGCCGGAGGAUUGUUCGCGAUAUCCCGUGAAUAUUUUUGGGACAUUGGUUCUUAUGACGAACAGAUGGACGGAUGGGGAGGUGAAAACCUAGAAAUGUCAUUCCGCAUUUGGCAAUGUGGAGGUACCAUAGAAACGAUGCCUUGCUCACGUGUCGGCCACAUUUUUCGUGACUUCCAUCCAUAUGAGUUCCCUGAUAAUCGCGACACCCAUGGUAUCAAUACUGUGAGGUUGGCAAAUGUUUGGAUGGAUAGCUAUGCCGAUUUGUUCUUCCUAAAUCGCCCUGAUCUGAAG